AUGGCACAACAAGCAGGUCGUUCAGCGGUUGCUGCAUCUCGUUUUACAGCAAGUAAAAUGGAUUGGAGUCGUAUACUGAAAUUAAGCGGCUCCAAUACAACAGCAGUUUCCAAUCUGCAAUCAAAAUGGAGUCAAGCAGCAGUAAAAAUGAAUGCCCUAUCAGACGCAUUACCCAAAAUUGAUUUCAGUUAUUAUCGAAAAAUGGUCUCCGAUCCAACACUAGUUGAUAAACUUCAAAAAGAAUAUGAAAAUGCCCAGAUUGCUUAUCCAAAAGAUAGUGCGAACCGUCUCAAGGACCUUGAAGAAUACGCUAAAAGUGAAGAACAACGUGCACAGGAGUUCAUCAAACUAGCCGAAGGUGAAGUAGAAAAACUACGAAAAGAAUUCGAUCGAUGGGACAAUGUACCUCCAGCUGAUGAAGUUACUUAUGAAUUAGCUUCUUUCUACAUGCCUGAAGCUGUCUAUCCACGUGUAUGGGACAAAGAUGAACAUGAUAAAUUGAAAGAUAUUCAAUUUUUACCAUAUGAGAAACGAGAUUCGUUACGUUGGUGGGUUGAACAAGGUGGUGAAUUACUUCCACACAAACACGAAUGGGUCAUUCCAGACGAAGCACUUGAUCCCAUUGGUGCUCCACCACGGCCACAAAAGGCAAUCUCGGAUACUCAUGGACAUGGCCACGGCGAUACACAGAAGAUCAGCGCUGGAAGCAAACAUUAA